CUGGAUCAAGCUUUGAUGACUGAUUUUUGUGUGUUGUUGGGAAAUGCGUGCCCGGGGAACAGGAACUGCCUAAUGGAUCAUGGCUCUGAUGUUUACAGGACAUACCUUACUUCUAGCAUUGAUGACCUUUGCUGUCUUGACUCUUGAAGAAUCAGUAAACAAUUACUCUGACUGGGUGACUUUCAUUGAAAAUGUAGAUCGGUAUGAGAAAGAGAAACUGCGAGAUCUUAGUGCUGAGCAGAAGCUGAAAAAAACUGUUCUUCAUCCAAGCUUGUAUUUCGAUGCUGAAGACGUCCAGGCAUUGAGGCAGAAGGCUCAUACAAGCCAUUUGCAUCUGUUUAGGGCUAUCAGAAGUGCAGUGACAGUUAUGCUAUCCAACCCAUUAUACUACCUACCUCCACCCAAGCAUGUUGAUUUUGCUGCAAAGUGGAAUGAGAUUUAUGGUAACAAUCUGCCACCUCUAGCAUUUUAUUGUUUGCUGUGCCCCGAAGAUAAAGCUGCUCUUGAUUUUGUCCUAGAAUAUAUGGAUAGAAUGGCUGGUUACAAAAACUGGUUGGUUGAGAGUGCGCCUGGAGAUGAAGUGCCACUUGGUCACUCCCUAACAGGAUUUGCCACUGCUUUUGACUUCUUGUAUAAUUCACUGGAAAAUGUGAGGAGACAAAAAUACCUGGAGAAGAUACGGUCCGUGAGCGAGGAGAUGUAUGAGUACUCAAAGGUUCGUGCGUGGGGAAAGCAACUUCUCCAUAAUCACCAAGCAACUAAUAUGGUCGCUUUGCUUACUGGAGCCUUAGUUACAGGUGUGGAGAAGGAACCGCAGGCAAAUAUUUGGAAACAUACUGUUGUUGAUGUGAUGGAGAAAACGAUGUUUCUGCUCAAUCAUAUUGUGGAUGGAUCUCUGGAUGAGGGAGUAGCUUAUGGGAGUUACACGGCCAAAUCAGUGACCCAGUAUGUUUUCCUGGCCCAGCGCCACUUUGGUAUUAACAACUUGGAGAAUAAUUGGCUCAGAAUGCACUUUUGGUUUUACUAUGCCACCCUACUGCCAGGCUUUCAGAGGACUGUGGGCAUAGCGGAUUCUAAUUACAACUGGUUUUACGGUCCCGAGAGCCAGCUGGUUUUCUUGGAUAAGUUUAUCAUGAAGAACGGAGCUGGCAACUGGCUGGCCCAGCAGAUCAGAAAGCACAGACCCAAGGAUGGGCCGAUGGUGCCGUCCACCGCGCAGCGGUGGAGCACACUGCACACGGAGUUUAUAUGGUACGCUGCAGAGCUCCCUCCCCAGCCGCCUCCUGGCUACAGCACCGCCAAGAUGCAUGUGUUUCCAAACUGGGGAGUUGUUACAUAUGGGGCCGGGUUGCCAAGCAGCCAGGCAAACACCUUUGUGUCUUUUAAGUCUGGAAAACUCGGCGGACGUGCUGUCUAUGAUAUUGUUCACUUUCAGCCGUACGCCUGGAUUGAUGGGUGGAGAAGUUUCAAUCCAGGACAUGAACAUCCAGAUCAGAACUCAUUUACUUUUGCUCCGAAUGGGCAGGUGUUUGUAUCUGAGGCUCUUUAUGGACCUAAAUUCAGCCACUUGAACAAUGUGUUGGUAUUUGCCCCGUCUCCUACGAGCCAGUGCAACCAGCCUUGGGAAGGGCAGCUUGGUGAGUGUGCCCAGUGGCUGAAGUGGAUGGGUGAUGAGGUUGGUGACUCAACGGGAGAAAUUAUAACAGCCUCCCAGGCUGAGGACAUGAUGUUUGUGAGUGGUGAGGCAGUAUUUGCUUACACAUCAGCAAUGAAACUGAAAAGUGUGUAUCGCACUUUGCUGCUCUUAAAUUCUCAGACAUUGCUAGUUGUGGACCAUAUCGAGAAGGAGGAAGACUCUUCUGUUAAUGCAGUCAGUGCCUUUUUUCAUAAUCUUGACAUUGACUUUAAAUACGUACCCUAUAAAUUUAAGAACAAGUACAAUGGGGCUAUGAUGGAUGUGUGGGAUGCCCACUAUAAGAUGUUUUGGUUUGAUCAUCAUGGAAGUAGUCCUGUCGCUAGGAUACAAGAGGCAGAGCAGGCUGCUGAAUUCAAAAAGCGAUGGACUCAGUUUGUAAAUGUUACUUUUCCCAUGAAAACCACACUUACAAGAAUUGUUUACCUUUUCUAUGGCCCAUAUGUCAAUGUCUCUAACUGCAGAUUCACUGACAGUGCAAAAUCUGGAUUUCAGAUUUCACUCAAUGUCAACAACACUGAAAAUACUGUCUCUGUUGUGACUGACUAUCAGGAUUUAAAGACAAGAUUCAGUUACUUGGGAUUUGGUGGUUUUGCCAAAGUAGUUCGUGAAAACAAAGUGACCAAGUUUGGUUUAGGUACUGAAUCUAUGGAAAAACAGAUACAACAUAAUAGGAUGGUUUUCCCAUUUGGAUUCAAAGUGAACAUAAUUGCAGGGGUAAUUUUGGGUGUUAGCUUGGUCAUACUGGCUUUUCAGUGGCGAUUUUACAUCUCCUUCAGUAAAAUGUUACGUUGGAUCUUAAUAUUGGUUAUUGCUUUGUGGCUUAUUGAGCUGGUGGAUGUGUGGAGCACUUGCACGCAACCCAUCUGUGCAAAGUGGAGCAGUGACAUGACAAGGCUAGAACAUGAUAAAGGCAAUAAAGUCAAACAAUUAGAAGGAAAUGCCAUUGUUUUGCCAGAUGUUAUCAUUACUUCACUUCCUGGUUCUGGUGCAGAAAUUUUAAAACAGCUGUUUUUCAAUAGCAGUGACUUCUUAUACAUCAGGAUACCUACACCCUAUCUAGAAGUUCCUGAGACUGAAUUUGAAAUUAAUUCCUUUGUAGAUCCAUGUGAAUGGAAGGCUUCCGAUGUCCAGAAUGGACAUUUUCGACUUCUCCAUGGGUGGUUCCAGUCUCUAGUUCGAGACACAAAGUUACAUUUACAAAACAUUAAUUUAUACGAAGCCAGCAGAAGUAAAAUUGCUCAGCAUUCUACCAUAAACAGGGACAAAAAGAAAAGGUCUAAAAGGAGGGAAUCUCUGGCAGAGCAAAGAAGCAGGGCAAGGACAAGUCAAGAUAAAGAUGCUGAAUAUAUUAGAGAACUGAGGAGGCACCUUGUCUAUUAUCCCAGUGCACGGCCUGUUCUCAGUUUAAGUAGUGGGAGCUGGACAUUAAAGCUUCCCUUCUUUCAGGAGAUACUAGGACCUUCAAUGAGAGCUUUAUAUGUAGUAAGGGACCCACGGGCAUGGAUUUAUUCAAUGUUGUACAAGAAUAAGCCAAGCCUUUACUCCUUGAAAAAUGUUCCACAACACUUAGAUGCAGUGUUUAAAUGGCAAAAUGGUAAAGGAAAAUGUAGUUUAAAUGAAGGCUAUGCUUUUGAAUAUGAAUCGCUAAGAGAAGAACUUUCAAAUUCUGAUUCAAAUGCUGUUUCUGUGUUGUCCUAUUUAUGGCUUGCAAACACAGCAGCAGCCCUGAGAAUAAAUGGGAAUCUCCUGCCAACAAACUAUCAGUUGCUCAAGUUUGAAGAUAUUGUGAACUUUCCUCAGAAGACGGCUGAAGCAAUUUUUGCCUUUCUCGGUGUUCCUCUUUCUCCUGCUAGCUUAAACCAAAUAUUAUUUGCCACCUCCACCAGUCUUUUCUAUCUUCCUUAUGAAGGGGAAAUUUCACCAAGGAGCAUUCAUGCCUGGAAACAAAACAUGCCCAGUAAAGAGAUUAGACUGAUUGAAGAAAUCUGUUGUUCUCUAAUGGACCACUUAGGAUACCCAAAGUUUAUACGUUAAAUGCUGCUGGUCAGCUGGAAUUUGCACUAAAGAUCUCUGACUCCCAAUUUGUGGAUAAAUAUUAGAGAAGCUUGUUUAUUCUUGUAAAAUGUGUACAGUCUGCUACUUCCAGAGAAAUUAUUUUAUGAAAAAGUUGGAUGUUCUUGCAUUCUUGCUUUU